UGGGCCUCCCCCUGCAUUCUGGAGUCCAGAGCCACUGCCUUUGCUCCAGCCACUGCCGCCCCAUCACCUCUCCUUCCCUGCCUCUGACCCUCCUUCUCGCCGCUCCCUCUGUCCAACUGCUCCUCCCACCUGGCCAUGACCACAGCCCCUGCUGGGACCCUGGCCCAGCUCUGAGUCCCGGGACCCUUGGUCCCCUCCCCUGGGUCAUGGCCAACUCAGGCCUCCAGCUCCUGGGCUACUUCUUGGCCCUGGGUGGCUGGGUGGGCAUCAUCGCUAGCACGGCCCUGCCACAGUGGAAGCAGUCUUCCUACGCAGGCGACGCCAUCAUCACCGCCGUGGGCCUCUAUGAAGGGCUCUGGAUGUCCUGCGCCUCCCAGAGCACCGGGCAGGUGCAGUGCAAGCUCUACGACUCGCUGCUCGCCCUGGACGGUCACAUCCAGUCAGCGCGGGCCCUAAUGGUGGUGGCCGUGCUCCUGGGCUUCGUGGCCAUGGUCCUCAGUGUGGUUGGCAUGAAGUGCACACGGGUGGGAGACAGCAACCCCAUCGCCAAGGGCCGUGUCGCCAUCUCCGGGGGUGCUCUCUUCAUCCUGGCAGGCCUCUGCACUUUGACUGCCGUCUCAUGGUAUGCCACCCUGGUGACCCAGGAGUUCUUCAACCCAAGCACACCUGUCAAUGCCAGGUAUGAAUUUGGUCCAGCCCUGUUUGUGGGCUGGGCCUCAGCUGGCCUGGCCGUGCUGGGGGGCUCCUUCCUCUGCUGCACGUGCCCGGAGCCAGAGAGACCCAACAGCAGCCCGCAGCCCUACCGGCCCGGACCCUCCACUGCUGCCCGAGAACCAGUUGUUAAAUUGCCCGCCUCCGCCAAGGGCCCCCUGGGUGUGUAAUGUCCAGUCCCCAACCAGGCUCUGUCCUUUGCCAUACCUAGACUGUGUGUUUCAUAUUUUUUGAAAACAGAAGUGAACAUCCAGCCCCAAUCAUGGUGUCAUUUCGUCUGUCCUCAGCAUGGCUUGGGCGGGUCCUGGGUCAGUGGUCAGUGCUGACCCCUGGGGCUCUUGGGCAGAAAGAUGAGGAGACACCAGGCCAGGGUGGGUUCCACCUGAGCAGGAAAUAAUUCAGGGCUCCUACCCCUUUCCUAGGGACCCCACUCCCAAACCUGGCCUUGGCCUUGGCACAAGGUCCUCCUUGAUGGGAGACCCCACCCACCCUGGAGGCUGCCCUUGAGGUUGGCCCAGCUCUGGAAGCAGGCCCCAGGGUCGGGGAGCCCCUGGUGUGGACAUAGGCCCCAAGGUAACAAACCCUGCCCCUGUUAACCUGGUCCACCCCUGAGAGCCCUCCUAAGGGAAGGGACAAUUCCUAGAAGGCUCUCCAGCUGGAUGCUGGGGAUCAGAGGUAGGUGAGGGGACACAGUGUAGGAGCCCCCCACAUAGAAGAGGGAAUGCAGGGCAGGCAUUAGGACCUUGCAGGCAUUAGGACUGUCCUGAGCAAGCUCUGCAGCCCCCAGCUCUGCUCACCCCAGUCCUGCCCCUCGUUUCCACACCUGCCACUCCUCCUCUCCAGCUCAGCUAAGGGCCAAGAUCUUUGCCCUAGAACCAGAGUGGGGAGGGGCAGCCUUAGGCUGCCCCGAGACUGUGGCUGGAGCUGUGUGCUGCACCUAGCAGUGCAGUCAAAGCUAGAAGGGCUUUUGGUCUUGAAGUCCAGGUGCCAUCCCUGCUUGGUAUAGAGGGGGAAGGGCCUGAGAGGAAUGUAGGGAAACCAGCCCCGAUCAGUCCCAAGGCCACAGUCCUUUGGCCAACACCUCCCGGAACCAGAGUGUGCCAGCCCCACCCCUCAUGCUCAGGCUUCUCCCACCCCAAACCCUCUUCCGGGACUCUGAGUCUCCCUGGCCACUGCAUGGUAGGCUUCUGGUGAGAGAGAGCAUCCAUCACUGAGCCUCCCUUUCCCUGCCAGGCACCUUGCUCGGCCAGCUCCAUUCUGGUCCCCUCCACCACCUGUCUUGUGACCACAUCUCCCAUUAACUCCCCAGAUCUCAAGAAUGCAGGUCAGCUUCUCCUUCGAGUUGAUCUCUGAGAGAGAAAGUGAUGGAAACCAAGUCAGCUGAGACGACU